CCCCUCGCCCGCAGCGCCGAGCGAGCCUCUUCCGGGCAGCGGGGCGAGGGGCGGCGCGCAGCCGGUGGCGUGCGGCGGCCGCGGGUGGUGUGUGGCAGCAGCACAGAUCCCAGGCCUGCAGGAAACAAGCCUCCCUUCUGGGGAUCAUCCUUUCUAGAGGAGGAACACCACGAAUAACUUGGAGAUUUUUUGAAGAUGUCAGCAGACAUACCAUUAAAUAUCAAUAUCAAGGAGCCCCGAUGGGAUCAAAGCACUUUUGUUGGACGAGCAAGUCACUUCUUUACUGUAACAGACCCCCGGAACAUUUUGUUAUCUGAUGCCCAGCUGGAAAAUGCAAGAAAAAUUGUGCAUGAUUACAGACAAGGUAUCGUGGCACCUGGCUUGACAGAAGAUGAUUUGUGGAGAGCAAAAUACAUCUAUGAUUCAGCCUUUCACCCAGACACCGGUGAAAAGAUGGUCUUGAUUGGACGAAUGUCAGCUCAGGUACCCAUGAACAUGACUAUCACAGGUUGUAUGAUGACCUUUUAUAGAACGACACCAGCGGUGGUUUUCUGGCAGUGGAUUAACCAGUCCUUCAAUGCUAUAGUAAAUUACACAAACAGGAGUGGUGAUGCCCCGAUUACUGUCAGCCAGCUGGGAACAGCCUACGUUUCUGCUACUACGGGUGCUGUUGCAACAGCUUUAGGACUUAAUGCACUAACAAAGCACGUCUCACCUCUCAUAGGACGAUUUGUUCCUUUUGCUGCUGUUGCUGCUGCUAACUGCAUUAAUAUUCCACUAAUGAGGCAAAGGGAACUCAAGUUUGGAAUCCCUGUCACGGAUGAGAACGGAAACAGACUGGGUGAAUCAACAAAAGCAGCUCAGCAGGCAAUUACCCAGGUGGUUAUAUCGAGGAUUCUUAUGGCUGCUCCUGGCAUGGCAAUUCCUCCCUUCAUAAUGAAUACAUUGGAAAAGAGAGCCUUUUUAAAGGUUAUUGCUGAAGUGCACAGUUCUUCCCACACUCAGGUUUGCAUUACAGAUUGACUCCAGGAAAAAAAAAAACAAGAAGAAAGAUGCAUUGUUCUACAUCAUUUCUUCUCAGGCUCUGGAGAAAGUGUAAUCCACACAGGCUUGUUUUCCACACCUCUUACACUGCUGUGACCUUCCUUAGCACUAAGUUUUCUGGAUUCCUUUUUUCUGUUACUGCUCUAAAGUAGUGCUCAUCUUUUGUUCACCAGUUUCCCCUCUAACUUCUAUAUCUUGAGAAAUGCUUCUGGCAGAAAAACACAUCAUCUUUGUAGAAAACAUUGUGCACUGUAACAUGAUUCUUAACUCAUAAGCUGCUUUGGUUUAAAAUCAACUUCGUGUUGUCAUAGCGGUUGUGUAUGUCCUAUUUACUGGAGACACUGACUUUAUUGUAGCAAGAGAAGGCCAGGACAGUAGUGUCAUUUAAAUAAGUCUGGCUUUAUUUCAUUAUUAAUUAACUAAAAUCCUAACUUGGGGGGGAGUGGAUUCAUAUAUCACUUAAGGGCAACAAGAAAACUACAGUAUUUCUUGGUAUAUGUUCAAGGUUCUGCAAAAGUUACAGGAAUGAGGAAUCUGCUCAAAAAUGCAAGGUUUCUCAGCCUAGUUUCCCCAAUUCUUCAACCCUUUUCUCUUUUAACACAAGGUGACAUUUGCAAAACUGGAGUGUAUCAGACCAUGCUCUAGGGCCAAGGUCCUACACACCAAAGCAAAGUGUAAGACAGGAGACAAGGGCUGAGAGAAGCAGAUUUAACAUUUUUUCUCUUGCCACCUCCCUUAUUUGUGGUUGGUGGCUGCACUUGCUGACACUGACAAAGUAAAUCUCCAGUUUUAAGUUAAAAAUCAUUUAUUUCACCAAAGAGAUAGGGGCUGUAACCAGACCUAGCUCUUCUUAGGGAUGCCUGGACAAAAUUCACCACGUGGCAGCACCCACAACACCACUACAAACUUUGGCUGUGUUGCUGACUGCUGUGGGCUUGUGUGACUCAAAGAAAUGGCCAAACUCAAGAUCAGGUCAUAAGUAAAAGAGUCAAUCACAUGGUAGUAGUUUCCUAGGGAAACUGGGAAUUACUGAGGAUAACAGUGUACAAUCAAUAUGUCUGGGAAUUUUCAUUACUUUUCAAAGAGGUUAGACUCUCAUAGUGGAGCUCAGCUUUCAAGUAUGCUGGUAAUUGGCUCGUCUUCAUCCUAUCCAAGAGCCUUUUAGGUACAAUCUGUCUUUUACAAUACCAGAAUUCCAGGAAGGUGGGAAGUGGAGGAG